UCAAAACCACAAAAGGGUCUGGCUGCGGCCACUGUGGAGCCAAAAACAGUUGGCAACACUGAACACAGGUCUGUGGAACAGAACAAAUGUUAAUUCUGCUCCAGCAGGUGGCGCUAGUGCACCUUUACGCUGGUCACGGACCACCGGAAGCAGCAGAAACCGGAAGCUGCUAGCAGAGCUAGCUUGUUGUUGUUGUGGUGUGUGAGGAGAAGAUUUGAGGCUCUGCAGUAAAAAUGUCUUCACUUCAGUCUCUGGGAGAGUUGAUCAGCUAAAGCGACUAACUGCUGCUGCUGCAGAAAUCUUCUCACCAGGCUGUGGAAACUUUCUUCUCCUCCUCAACAACUUGGUGGAGUUCUUUCCAGAAGCAGAGAAGCUAUUCUGCGGUCUUCGUGACAAUCGGAGCUCCAGAAGCAGGUGAUGGGUGAGAAAAGCUUUUCUCUAGACUUCCUGCCCUCUGGAUCUGCUGCUGUUCCUUUGGCCUCUCUGAGAAACGCGCUCGUUUUGCUGCUUUCAUCAGAUUGAAGAGGUUCCCUCUAUCAGACUCGCUCAUCUGAGUUGGUCAUGAUGCAGGAUCGCUGCUCGCUCUCUCAUCCAUCCUGCUCACACUCUCCGACGGAAAAGGCCCGAAUCUGAAUGUGACUCUGGAGGAAAAAGCGGUUAGCUCUACUCCGUGAACUCUGCUGUUAGCUAAACACGGCUAAAGAAAACCUGCUACCACUUCAGGAUCAUCCAUCAGCUGGGACUGCUUCAUCAGCAUGGACACAGAUGUUCAACAGCUGGUGCUGGUUAAAGAAGAAGCUCCUGAUGAGAACCAGCAGGACCCAGAACACCUCCACAUAAAGGAGGAACAGGAGGAACUCUGGACCAGUUUGGAGGGAGAGCAGCUACAUUUGAAGGAGGAGACUGAUGCUGCCAGGUUUCCAGUCACUGUAGUUACUAUAAAGAGUGAGGAUGAUGAAGUGAAACCUCUGAUCUCACAGCUUCAUCAGCAGCAACUACAAGACAGAGAUGUUCCAACCAGCAGCUCAGCUGACCAGAUGACAGCAGAAACUGGUGGAGGAGCAGAGAGUAGCAGGAACGCUGAUCUGAACCUUCAUGAACAGACAUCUGAUUCUUCAGAGACUGAAGUUAGUGGAGAUGAUGAAGAGGAUGAUGAUGUGAAUGUAGAAUUUGAGCAGUCAGACUCUGGGUCUGAAACUGGAGACGAAGACUGUGACUGCUCUAAGAACAGGUCUUCCGAGUCAGAUAUUAGGACUGUCAACAAAUCCUUUAACUGUCCUGAGUGUAGUAAACAUGUGAGAGUGACAGGUCAUUCACCAAAAAUGUCUUCAAGUUGUUUGGUUAAAAAGAAAAGUGUCAGAGUGGAGCAACAUGUAGACUCAUGCAGGAAAUUCCAGAAAGAGCCAAAAUCAUUUAGUUGUGACGACUGUGGAAAACAAUUUAGUGUAAAUUCAAAUUUAAACAGUCACAUGAGGGUCCACACAGGACAGAAGCCUUUUGUCUGUGAGCUCUGUGGAAAAAGAUAUAGCCGUAAAGAAACUUUAAAAAUACACAUGAGAGUCCACACAGGACAGAAACCUUUUGCCUGUGAGCUCUGUGGUCAAAGAUUUAGAGAAAAGAUUACUUUAAGCAAUCACAUGAGAGUUCACACAGGACAGAAGCCUUUUGCCUGUGAGCUGUGUGGUCAAGGAUUUAGCAAAAAGAUUACUUUAAGCAAUCACAUGAGAGUUCACACAGGACAGAAGCCUUUUGCCUGUGAUUUCUGUGGUCAAAGAUUUAGCCAUAAGACAACAUUAAACAGACACAUAAUAGUCCACACAGGACAGAAGCCUUUUUCCUGUGAGCUCUGUGGUCAAAGAUUUGGCCGAAAUUCUACUUUAAACAAUCACAUGAGAGUCCACACAGGACAGAAGCCGUUUGCCUGUGAGCACUGUGGUCAAAGAUUUGGCCGAAAGGCAACUUUAGUCAAUCACAUGAGAGUCCACACAGGAGAGAAACCUUUUGCCUGUGAGCUCUGCAAUCAAACAUUUGGCCGUAAGGAUACUUUAAAUGAUCACAUGAGAGUUCACACAGGACAGAAGCCUUUUGCCUGUAAGCUCUGUGGUCAAAGAUUUAGCCGUAAGUUAACUUUAAACAGACACAUAAUAACCCACACACGCCAGAAGUCUUUUGCCUGUGAGCGAUGUGGACAAAAAUUUAGUCAUAAGACAUAUUUAAAUAAUCACAUGAAAGUCCACACAGGACACAAUGAACAGGAGGUGUGGUUCACCGACAAAACAGUUGUAAAUGGGUUUUGCCAUCAAAUCUCAGAAACCACACCUUGCUCAGAUACAGGAGUUCUGAUUUGUGGAACUGAAAGCAAUGUGUCAGGAUAUUAGCUUAACCUUGUCAUCGUCACAUGUCUGAGUGUGUGAGCUGUCAGUAGAUAGUGAUUCACUUGUUAAAUCUAAAAUUACUGAUCAUAACAUAAUAAUAUUCAUUUCAACUUCAGUAAUUUAAGCACAGAUUAAUCAAAACAUUGUUAUUAUUCUUCAGCCAUUAUUAUUCAUUCAACCAUAUGAUUAUUUACGUAUUUGCAUCAUCCAGUAUUCGUUAUUAUAACGGUUCAUUCUUAUAAAAGUUCAUUCUUCUACUUCUGUGAAGCAAAGCAGAUAAAGAUAAUAGGAAACUUGAGAGGGACCUUGGUCAAGCAACAGUAUCUUUCUUGCAGAUUAAAGGUUCCAGUUAAGACUUUUGUCUCCAUAUGACCGGAUACUGAAGAGGUCCAACUGUAGGCGAAAAACUGACCAUUUUUGGACGCUACACUGAGUUAGCAUUCACAGACUCACCAAUCUUGAGUAAACAAUUUUCCUUGUAGUUUGUACAUACUAGAAAAAAAGUUGCACCCCUGGUUGUUGUCCUUUACCCUACUACCCACCUACAUCUGUAACUUAAUCUCACAGAGAAGUGUAAUUUCUCAGUCUGCGUACAAACGAUCAGCUGUUACUCUGUGUUUUAUUUGCUCCCACCGAUCUGGGAUAAAGGGCUUUGGUUCACUCUUCUCCUUCUGCAUGGAGCAGGCUGUAAAAAAACUGGGGUCUCAUUUACCAAACAUUGCGUAGAAUCCUUACUAAAACCGUACUUAAGCUCAGCAAAAAAUGUACUUACGCCAUUAGGUUUGUGAUCUAUCAAACAUGGAGUACGCACAGCUGCACGCAAUCUUCGCUUCAUAAAUCAGAAACUAUCUAGAAAGGUUCUCAGCUGCAUUUUAGUCACAUCCCGCCCUCACCACGCCCACUUACUGCCAUAAAUGGUCAAUGCAAAGUGUCUUGUGGAUCUCAUGCAUAUACAUAAGCCGACUGUUGCAGCGCUCCGCCAAUGACAUGGUGACCGUAGAUCAAGGUAGAUCAAGGAAGCACAAUUUCACAGAAGCAGAAGUUGAGGUACCUGUGGGUGAGGUGGAGAAAUGAAAAGAAGUGCUUUUGCAAAACAAAUAAGAGAAAAUCCACGGAGUGGCACAGUGUUGCUGAAGCCGUCAAUGCUGAGUCCUUCAGAAUCAGAAUAGGUUUAUUGCCAUUGUCAGUGAACAAACAAUUCACAAACUAGGAACUUGCUUUGGUACUAAUGUGCUACAUAUAACAUGAAUAAUAAGAUUUAAAAUAGAAUAAAACUUUCAGCUAUAAAAAAUGGCAGGUAAUGGUAACAUGGCCGAUAACGUGACGUUGUGUUGAGUACAGAAGACCAGCAUGGUUGUGUGUUUAUAAUCUAUUCACAAGUCUAACGGCAGAUGGAACGAAGCUGUUCUUAUGGCGGGAGGUUCUGGUCCGGAUGGACCGUAACCUCCUGCCUGAGGGAAGCGGCUCAAAAAGUCUGUGACCCGGGUGAGAAGGGUCAGCUGCUAUCCGACCUGCACGCCCCCGAGUUCUGGAGACGUACAGGUCCUGGAGAGAUGGAAGGCUGCAGCCAAUCACCUUCUCAGCAGAGCGCACAAAGCACUGCAGUCUAUGUUUGUCCCUCACUGUGGCUCCAGCGUACCACACAGCAAUGGAGGAGGUGAGGAUGGACUCAAUGAUGGCCGUGUAAAACUGCACCAUCAUCUGGGCCGGCAGCUUGGCCUUUUUCAACUGCCGCAGAAAGUACAUUCUCUGCUGGGCCUUUUUGAUCAGGGAGCUGAUGGAUGGCUCCCACCUAAGGUCAUGUGUGAUGGUGGUUCCGAGGAAGCGGAAGGAGUCCACAGUGGUGACGGGGGUGUCCGUCAGGACGAGGGGGAGGGAUGGGGCUGUGAUUUUCCUGAAGUCCACAAUCAUCUUCAGAGAUAUCUGUGGCGGAUAUAAAAAAAAAGGUCCAGUCGGGAUUCGAUCCCCAGACUCCCAGGUGAAAGUCACAUGCACUAGUCAGCCAAACGGAGAUCUCACUUGUCCAAGUAGCCAGGGCACAUGAUCAAUCGGAUCACAGUGACAGGACACACACUGUCACAGACGCAUGACAUUCUGUCUCAAUCUGUCCCCCUGCUGAUAUUCCGCAUUACGUAUUCUGCGCUUCAGGAUGUGUUUGCGUGUGCGUGUGGGGGGUCUUGUUCUUUGUGAAAAUGAAACAGUACAAGUGAUAAUGCUGCAGGAUUUCAUAACUUUAUCCUUCUCAGCAGCAGCACUGCAGAUGCUCUCCAUGUCCAACUUGUGCAUAAGCCAGGUCUUUAGUCAACUGAAAGUUGCGCACAUUUUUCCGCUACGUUUUCUUUCAUAAAUCCCAAAGUUUGCGUGGAAAGUUGCAGUUUUCCGACCCCGUUUUGUUGCUAAGCAAGCUUGAUAAAUGAGGCCCCUGGAAAUUAACCGAGGUUAUCUCCUUGACUACAUGUAAAACCAGACUAAGAACCCUUGAGAGGAUUCCCUGUGUUGUAACUGCCUUCUGUAAUUUUGUACAUAACAUGUUUGUGUAACUGUAACUUUGUAACUGUAACUUUUGCUGCCUCUUGGCCAGGACUCCCUUGAAAAUUAGGUUUUUAAUCCCAAAGAGACCUUCCUGGUUAAAUAAAGAGUAAAAUAAAUAAAUAAAUAGAU